AUGGUAAUACAUUCCCCGCCGGAAAAUGGGUUUUCUGUAAAGCCUCUAAAAACCCAUCUUCAGGCCGAGUCAAAACACGGGCACAUCUCGCCGGAGCCACCCGCCGGAGAAUCAAGAAUCCGACGGGCCAUUGACCUGAUUUCUACCCUGAUUUCCCUCACUCAUUCCACCAAAGUCUUCUCCGUAAAAUGGCAGCUGAUUCGCUGCAAACUGGAGGAGCUUCUCGCCGGAGUCUCCGCCGUCGAAAGCUGCGACGAUUCCGGCGAAAAUCGCAGGAUUUUCAGCUCCGUGAAAUCCGUAACCGCCACCGUGAAAAGCUGCCACGACCUCGCUCGGCGCUGCGUGGAUUUGACCUACAGCGGGAAGCUUUUGAUGCAGAGUGAUCUCGAUAUCGCGGCCGCGAAAUUGGACGGACAUAUAAAGAGUAUGGCGGAGAUUUACGCUCGCGGGCUGCUGAAACAGAGCAAUGCGAUUGUGGUUUCCCGGCCCGGCGCGUCGGCGUCACGCGAGGAUAUCAAGUUUUACGUCGCCGAUUUGCUGUCACGCCUGAAAAUCGGGCGUGCCCAGAUGAAGAAAGAGGCUCUGGUGGCCUUCAAUGAAGCGAUUCAAGAAGACGAAAGGUAUGUGAAAGCCGCGAUUGAAAUCGAUAGCUUCAUAGCUCUGCUAGUGAGCCUUCUUGAUUUUGAAGAUUCCAGCGUUCACCAAGAGGCUGCAAAGGCGGUUUCUGUAAUUUCAGGGUUUCAGCCCUUCAGAAGUGUUUUAAUCAUGGCUGGGAUAGUUGGGCCGUUGAUUAGGAUAUUGGAGAAUGGGAGGGAUGAAUUGGGGAAAGAUUAUGCCGCAAGGUGUUUGAUAAAAGUCACAGAGAAUUCAGACAAUGCAUGGGGUGUUUCUGCGCAUGGUGGGGUCACAGUUCUGGUGAAAAUCUGUGCUGAUUGUGAUGAUUCCGGGGGUGAAUUGGUUGGUUUGGCUUGUGGGGUGCUGAAAAACUUGGUUGGGGUGGAAGAAAUCAAGAGGUUUAUGAUCGAAGACGGGGCGAUUCCCGUGUUCAUUAGGCUAGUUAGGAUGACAGAUGAAGUCACCCAGCUAUCUGCAAUGGAUCUUCUGCUAAGCAUGGGUUCUGGAGACGAAUCCACCAGGCAAAUGAUCAUAAGAGAAGGCGGGAUUCGAGCAUUCGUGACCAUCUUGGAUCCCAUUUCAUCGUUUUCGUCUAAAAUCAGAGAGGCGGCUCUGAGAGGGAUAGUGAAUCUAUGCUUCACAUCACCAAAUUCCCUCACAAUUUUGCUCAGCAUUGGGUUUAUAGACUACAUUCUUUACUUUCUGCAGUAUGGGGAGGUCUCAGUUCAAGAAUUUGCACUAAAGGUGGCCUUUUGGCUCUGCAAAGCAUCCGAGGACGCCAAGAAAGCAAUGGGGGAUGCGGGAUUCAUUGCAGAACUCGUUAAGUUUCUCAACUCGAGAUCAUAUGACACCCGCGAAAUGGCAGCAGAAACGCUGUCUAGCAUGUUGGUCGUGCCUAGAAACCGGAAAAGAUUCGUGCAGAAUGAUCAAAAUGUUGGGUUGAUCCUGCAGAUGUUGGAUCCCCAGGAGAAACUGUUUGGCAACAAGAACCUGCUGCUCUCCAUACUCAAGUCCUUAGCCUCUAGUAGCAGUGCAAGAAAGAUGAUUGCCAGUUCUGGGUACUUGAAGAACAUUGAGAAGCUUGCUGAGAAUCAUGUUUCAGAUGCAAAGAAAAUUGUCAAGAGAUUACACUCCAAUAGGUUCAGAAACAUCCUUAGUGGAAUCUGGGGUUCUUGA